CUUCUCUGCGCUGUCCGCAGAGGAGGGCGGCGAGCCGUGCUGCGCGGCUCUGGAGCGGGGUGCGGAGCUGCAGAGAGGCGAGAUCAUGUCAAUCGUCCAGGGCGUGGUGAAGAACAGCGCGCACGCGGCAUCCCUGAUGGACCCCACAGACCCUAACCAGCAGAUGCUCGCAGUCUCGGAGUCCUUCCAGGAGAUGUCAGGAUACCACGAGUCGGAGCUGCUUCAGGCGUCCUCCAGGCUUCUGAUCGAAGGGUGCGAGCACGAGACGGACCCAGAGGUGCUGGCCGCCAUGAGGAACUCGCACUCCACGGGGAGCCCGCUCUUCGCCGAGGCGGUCAACCGGAGCAAACAGGGCUGGCUCUUCCGGAACUCGAUGUACAUCCGCGGUUUGAUGGUUGCGAUCGACCCAGUCACCGAGGACCCGAUGUGGCUCGUGCUGACAACGCACGCAGGCUCCGAGGCGGCCUCCGGCGAGGAGGGCGCAGCGGAGGACGGCCGCGGCGGCGUCCUGCGCGGGCUGCGGGCCGCCGGCGAGGACCUCCGCGCCGAGAUCCACGACGAGCUCGCCCGGCGAUGCGCCAGCGCCGCAGCCCGCCCGGCGGAGCCCGAGGCGGACCCUCCGCCGUGCCGCCGCGGCCUGUGCUCCGUGCUCCCGAGGCCGCGCUGGUGCUGAGCGCCCCGCCCCGGGCCGGGCCUCGUCGCCCCCAUGCGCUCAUUCGCGCGGCACCGUCGCGGCUAGGGCCGCGGCACCGCCGCGCUGGACGGGCGCGACGGGCAGCGGGCCUCCGCAGGGGUCCUCACUCCCUGCCUUACUGUAUCCUUUCCGUCCGUCCCCCGCCACUUCCGAAGAGGAGUGCGUGCGGGGCAAGGCCACGUCCUUCUGAAUGUGUGAGUUGCGCUCCGUCGUGGAGAGCGCCGGCGAGAGCCGAAGACUUCGCGGGAGGCACCUGUACACGGCAAGGCACGGCUUCCCCGGCGAGGCGCUGCGUCCGAACCAAGAGCGGUCCGGGGCGAAUCGGCUCCGCCGCCCCGCAUGCCGCCCCCAUGCGCCCACGCUGUCAUCUUGGGCCGUAGGAUGCUCCCCAAUGAGUGGAUGGUUUUCGCUGAGGAGAUCGAUUGGGAACCCGGGAGCCCGGGAGCCCAGAGCCCACCGAAUUUGUCCCGGAACUCAUAUCUGGGAACCCGGGAGCCCGGGAACGCCGGGAACCCAGCCUGCUACCAAAAUCGGCGGGAAGAUUUCCUCAAAUCUUACCCGGGAGCCUGGA